GAUUCAGUUUGCAUGCAAACGCAGAACGUGAAAGUCUCCGGAACGGAUUCAACUGAGAAAAAUUAUUCAAAUCAAAUAAGAAGAGGGCAACGUACAGCAAACUUUUGUAUUGUUAUUAAAAAAUAAACAACCGAUUUUUUUAUUGGAAGUCAAAAGAUAUUCAAAGUAAAUUUUGAAAAUGGGUUGCGCCACAACUGCCGUUAAAAUUAUCUCGAUUGCGCUGAAUGUCAUUUUGGCGUUGUUGGCACUCGGCUCCAUCGGGUGGAUAGCCUUUAACUCAGAUACGGGCACCGAUGAGACAAUUAUCGCCAGCUAUGUGGCCAGUGUCCUGAUUGUGUUGCUCGCAUUCACUGGCAUCUACGCUGCGAUACGUGAGUCAGUCUGCUUAACCGCAACGGUGGCUGUGCUGCUGCUUGUGCUCGCCAUACUGCAAAUCUUGACAACAUGCCUCUUCUUACAUCCGAUGAAGGUGGAGAGCGCCCAGAAGCAAAUCGAUGUCGCCUGGCAAACUCACAAUAUGGAUGGCAACCAGCAGAUUUAUGAAUGCUGCGGCAAAUCCAGUGCCCAGGAUUAUGUGCAUCUCAAUCAAGUGAUCCCACCCAGUUGCUAUGCCGAUCUACAGCAAACAGUCAACGCUAUGUUCAUCAAAGGUUGCGUGAAUGAGAUGCAAAAUCAUUACGACAAUGGAAAGUUUGCCAUAAUAGUUGCAUCUUGGGUGUUGGCUGCCUUCGAGCUGGGUUGCUUUGCCGUUGCCGUAUUUCUUGGCAUUAGUUUCCGCAACAAACAGAGGCGCAUGCAAUUUUAAUGAGCGGCUAAUGAUAUAGCUACGCCUCAAGUACAAAACCGUGUCCGGGAAGGACGACAAGGAAAUGUAUUGGAUUUGUGCUCGAUGAAAAGCAUAAAUAACAUUUACAUCACGUAACCAAAAAUUAUGAAACUUAAUACUAUUCUAAUGAACAUUUUAAUUCGUAUGCUGAAAUCCUAAGCUAGUUAAUUUAUGUACGAGUAGCCUUUAACUACAUAUAUUUAUAAAGCCAAUAAAUUGAUAUUUAUGUGUGUUUCAAAUACGAUUGCGUUUACAUAGUGCGCAUACCACAUGUGGUACGCGUUCGCCCUUAGGUAGGCCCCUGUUUUCGUCAGAUUAUAAAUAGAGCUACGUCACGUACUCACCGUCGAGAAAAGCAAAAGGCAAAACUGCUAGACAACUUGUUGCUCAUCUGCCUCUAUCUCAUUUGUAGAAUUAUUUUUUGUUUUUGUUUUUUUUAUUGUCAUAUCAAUGUUUUGCUUUUGGCACGAGGGUUGGCCAAUUCGUAAACAUGGCACGUAGAUUGUGAAAUUCAUCGAGUAAUGAACUCGCCAACUAAUAUGGUAAUGCUAUUUGGUCAAUUCCUAUGUUAACGUUAUAUUAAUACGUUCCAAUUAUUUAUUUUUCCGAGCACAAAUUAUGAUCAUAAAAUUAAUGCUUUUUCUUUGUCCAAUCCUUGACGGUGGACACACGAUAGAUGAUUGAGUCUCUGCCCGGAUCAAUUGUCGCAAUUGCGUAGCAAAUAAUCGUGAUCACAAGGGCAAACACGACACAGAACCAAAUUAUAAUAUUGGCAAGAAUUGGAUGAUCCACAUUAUCAUUCAUUUUCUCAAAGGGACUCUUAUUUAUUUUCUCUCUUGUAUGACUCUUCGUAAGCAAUUGUGUUUUCUGUCCAAGGGUCACUUGCACCAAGAGCACAGACUCAUUACGUUCUCUGAUAACAUUCAGUAAAUUUGCAAUGAUUGUGGCAAGUAAUGCUUUGGCUUCACUUAUCGGUGCAUAUCGUGCCACUUUGACAAUGCGAUCCAAUGAUAUGCGAUAGA